CUCUCACUCACACACUCGUGACUCGGGAAGAGGGUACCGGUAUCCUGGACCUCAGGCUCAGGAUAGAGAGCGCGCGUUGUCAGUGUCACAACUGUUGUGAGGCCACCUCGGGAACGACGGAAAGGGUGCUAGACGAAGGGAAGCGGCCUAUUCAGGACUUUGGUGCUAGGAUUAUAAAGAUUUAGGAGCCGAUCGAUGCUGCCCUUUGAUUAAGCUCGCUCUUCAGUCGCCCGCUGACUGGGAAUCUGGCCGAUCGGUUUGCGUGACCUUGUAAAGGACGCCCAUUGCCUGCGUCUGUACCCUUUCUCAAAUCUGAUACAUCCAAACCUCCGGGCGUCUUGCUCUUGGGGCGGCAGGGCAAGAAACCAUGUUGCGGUCUUUGUUGUCCAAGGGCUCGGCAUUUGGUCUGCUGAAGCAGGCCAUCGCCCAGGCAAGCUCCCCCGUGGAAGCGGUCGCACCAGCAUUAGCACUGCAGAGCAUCCGCCCUCUCUCAGCAGCUGCACAAGCCUCAAAGGCUGAAGACAUCAUUCCCCCAAAGAACCUCUUCAGCGUGCACGGCAAGUAUGCGUCAGCGCUGUUUGUCGCAGCCGCCAAGGCGAAGAAACUAGACGUGGUUGGGAAGGAGCUCGAGCAGCUGGAAGAGGUGAUCAAGGGCAACGCCGAGUUCCGCGCCUUUCUUAAGGACCCCAUCAUUUCGCCCGCUGUCAAGCAGAAGGGCCUCGAGGAGUUCUUCAAGGCGGCCGGCGCCUCUGACAUCACCGUCAACUUCUUUGCGGUCCUGAACGAGAACGGUCGGCUCGGGAGGGCCGAGAAGGUGAUUGAGGCGUUUGAGGAUCUCUACCACGAGUACAAGGGCGAGGUCAAGGCUGUCGUCACCGUUCCUUAUCCGCUCACCGACGAUCAGCGAACAGAGCUCAAGCAGUCGCUCCAGGGCUUCCUUGAACCAGGCCAGACACUGACGAUCAAAGAAAAGAUCAAGCGCAGCAUCAUGGGCGGUCUUACUGUUGACAUUGGCGAGAAGUACAUUGACUUGUCAAUUGCUACGAGGAUCAAGAAGAUUGAAGCAAUGCUGAAGGAUGCAACAUUAGAGUGAAGGCAACCAAGCAAAGGGUGGAUCGAAGUUGAAACUUAAAACCGACCGCUCACAGUCGCUGGUUUCAAUAAACAGAAGGUAAAGAAGUGUGUACUACUGCGAUUGGGAGUGCAGAAGAUCAUGCGAAGGCAUCAAGGGAGCGUGGUGAUCAUGCGAUGUAUGCAUGUGGCCGGCUGUACUCCCACUAACUGAUAUAGCGAAUUGCAUUGCACUACAGAAGUCGCUGUAUGUAAACAAUUGCAUGAUAUUUUGCAUGCAAUGAUGCAAGACAGGGCUGGCACGUU